GGAGGAGGAGAGGGAGUUUGCAGCUUGGCUAAAGUGCGCUAUCAGCUGCUGAAGGCUGGAGAGUCGAGCGGUGCGGGGAUACUGAUAGAGAGGAGAGAGGGUGGGGGUGACGCAGUGGACGGAGACUCUCUCGUCGUGGUCGUCGGUCACGGUCGUAGCCUACUGAUGGGCGCGACUCUUCUUCAGCUGAGCCGGCCACCGAUCCAGCAGCACCACAGGCCACCCAAUGCUGCCUGAAUCCAGCUGACCACAGUUGGACAACCCACAUCCCGCGAAUGCCACUUGACUACAACUGGCACCAUGCUCCCCCGUAACAUGCGAACUGGAGGUUAUGACCUGCCGGGGGUGGAGUCAAGCAACGUGCCUCUCAUUGGCUAUCGGCCCUUACUGCCUGACAGCGGCACCCCGAGGAACCAAUCAAGGAGGGGGAGCGGCAGCGAUGAAUUGGAAACUUCACAGGCAGAGCCCUCACCAAUGAAGACCACCUGGUACUGUCCUCUGGAUCUGUCCACUGUGGUGGAGGAAGAGGAGGAUGGAGUGAUCUACACAGUGGUGGUCAAACAGCAGCAUGGUGCCCCCAACAGUCUGACGUCAGCGGUUUCUCGCUCUCAAUGUGUAAAAGCAGGGACAGAAGAGAAGCUGGUGCGCCACCUCUUCCACUCCUAUUCUCUGGGAGACUCCUGCUUUAUCACCAUCUUCCUCUCCACCUAUCGAUCCUUCACCUCCACGGGGAGAGUGCUGGACAUCCUGUCUGACAGAUUGGAGAACCCACCUGGGGACAACGAGACGAGCCAGAUGAGACAAUCUUUUAACAAAGCGGUGUGUACUGUGUUUAGCACGUGGCUCUCUGAGUAUCCUGAAGACUUUAAGAGUUUGGGGGAGCCCUCUCGCCUGCUGCGCCUAGCUCCCCUCCUCCCCCAGGACUCCUUGUCCACAGCCGACCUCAGCGCUCGCCUCCUCAGAAUAGCCGAGGAGCUCAGCGAGAAAGCCAUGCUUCCUGACGCCCAAAAAGAUCAGAGCAGUUUCACCAGCCCUCCUCCUGACGCCUCCAAGUUUGAACCCACCAGCGUCCUUGGAUUCCCUGCAGCGCUUAUCGCUGAGCAGCUCACCAAAAUAGAGACGGAGCUGUUUGUCCGUCUGGUCCCGUACCACUGCCUCGGCUCACUGUGGUCGCAAAGAGACAAGAAAGGGAGGGAGGGCGUUUGUUGGUCCGUCCGGGCCACCAUACGUCAGUUCAACAAGUUGGCUAAUGCAGUUUUAGCAUCCUGCCUUUGGCCUACUAAACUGCGCAGCCAGCAGAGAGCCCGACUGCUGGAGAAAUGGAUCAGCGUGGCAGAGGAGUGUCGAGCCAGGAAGAACUUCUCCUCACUGUAUGCCAUCAUUUCGGCCCUGCAGAGUAAUCCCCUCCACCGGCUGAGGAAGACGUGGCAUGACACUGACAGGGAGGCAGUGAGGAGAUACGAGGAACUGUCCGAAAUAUUCUCAGACAAGGACAACUACUCACAAAGCAGAGAACUCUUAAAGGAGGAGGGCACUUCAAAGUUCGCCAACAUUGACCACAGGCUCAACAACAAACAUAUUAAUAGGUCCAACGCCCAGGGCACAGUGCCCUACCUGGGCAUUUUCCUCACAGACCUCACUAUGCUGGACACGGCGGUCAAAGACAGGCUGGAUAAUGGCUACAUCAACUUUGACAAAAGGAGAAGGGAGUUUGAGGUUUUAGCUCAAAUCCGGCUCCUGCAGUCUUCUUGCAAAAAUUGUGUUUUCACCACUGACGAGGCCUUUAUACAGUGGUAUCAGAGUGUACCGACACUAACAGAGGAGGAAAGUUAUAGACUGUCCAAUGAAAUUGAAGCACCUGGUGAGCCUAGCCCCCGCGGCCUUACUCCAACAGUCAUUAUCACGCAGUGCUCAGACCUGAGUACGUCUCGGACCAGCCUGACUGGUGACAGCGACAGCCUCUUUGACUUCCCCUCCCCUGUCAAUAAUCUGCUCUCAAAACUCACAAAGCAUAUGAGAUCUCCGUCUGUGUCCUGUCUGGAUGUCGACACGUCUCCUUCAACCACUGACUCCACCCCUGCCACGUUGACUCCAUCCACUCCCACAAAAUCCCACCGCCGAUCAGUCUCCUGCGGCAACAACCCCCCUAAUAACAUCCAGGGGUCGGGGCCCGACAUGCGAAUCAUCAGGAUACGGAUGGACCUGCAGGAUGGAAACAUGUACCGAAGCAUACUGGUUACGAGCAAUGACAAGACCCCCACUGUGAUCAGCUCUGCCUUAGAAAAGCACAAUCAGGACCCCAAACAGACGUCCAGAUAUGAGCUGAUCCAACUUCAGCCUGAAGGAAAAGAACUGGUCAUCCCUGCUACAGGAAAUGUCUUCUAUGCCAUGACAUCAUCGAGUGUUGACUUCCUGUUGAGGAGGAAAGGCGGGAACACUCCUCUGAGCUCACAGCCGAUCAACACGGAGACAAGCGCCACUUUUCCUCGAAUCAAGGCCAAGGGGAGGAGACUGGUCAGGACACUAUUUUGACAUCAGAUUUCCCUGAAUAAAACUUUGUCCCCAGUAACGGGUUUUUCUCCUCACAAACUGUAAAUGUGGCCUUCUACGCAUGCCUUUCUCCCUACAGAGAGUGCUCUACUAAAACACCAAAACCCAGUCUCUAUCAACGACUCCAGAGCAGGUUUUAUCAAACAUUUCAUACCUCAAGCUGCCCUGCUGCGUUCACUAGAGCCGUCUGCUACUGAAGAACCGUGUCAGUUUUCCUCUUUUCCUAAACAGUAUGCAUGACUAAUUUACACCUCAAGGUAAGCAAUGAAAGCAUUUAGCUGAGUGCUUUUGAUGCUGGCUCUCGAGUCCCAGUCAGUCAUCACUGCAUUUUCAACACAAUGACUAAGAUCCAUUUCCUUGCUUAUAGCCACCAGGAAAUUCCUUGUUGUUGUGUGCCUCAGUCGUGAGUGAUGCUUCCAAAUGUAAAUAGAGGAUUGGGUUGGUCAGAACGUCUGUGAUCAGCUGAGAUUAAGGAAUAUGUUUUCUUUGGGAAGAAGCAUAAUAAAAUCUAAAUACACAGAGCCUCUGAGAUGUGGUUCUGGUAAACAGCACACAUGAGAAUGACCCAAAGAUACAGUGUGAGUGCAUCCAUGUAGCUAAACACUGGAGCUUGUCAAAUGAGACAUAUAUACGUUUUAUGUAUUUAUAUAUUUUCUACAUCUGUAUGAUGUCAACAAUGUGUUUACACUGGCGAGAAGCUCUAGGAGGUCCUAGAAGCCAAAUUGUCUAAUUCAUCAAGGAAAAAAAUGCAUCAAAUACCUGCAAGAUUUCCACUUUAAACAGGGCAGCACAUGUCUACAGACAGAAAUUAAUGAAAUUACUGUUUAUAUUUUGAAAAGGGCUGCUUGUAUUGACUAACCUAUUCUUUUGGGCAUUUUAGGCCGUUAUUCUACAGGACAGCCUAAGAAAGGAAAGGGGUGAGGGAGGGGGAUUGACAUGCAGCAAAGGGCCGCAGGUUGAAAUCGAAACCGGGUCCGCUGCACCAUUCUUGCAGUUUGUGUUGUAGUUUGAAACCCUGUUUCCAGCAGCAGCUGUUUUUAGCAAAAAAGUAAAAAAAAGUAAAACUGCCUUGUGCUAUCUGCCCAACAGCAACCAACAGACAUACAAAAAAAAGUCAAACAUUUAUCUAAGAGCCAGAUAAUGUCCUCAAAAGUUGCUAAAGACCACAAGGAGAGUGAUAUGCACUUAUUUUAUCAGAUGGACCAAGAUUCAAUUCCAGAUAAAAACUUCUUCAGUUGUUUGUGUAAUUAAGCAGCUGUUCACUAACAUCUUGGCUGUUGAAACUUUAUAGGCUGUCACACAGCUUGUUUUAAAAAUCUUCUGACCCCUAGUGGCCAAGAAAUGAUUAUUGAUUUAUAAAAAAGAGACUUAAAAAUAUGCAGCACUUUGAAAGCUUGUGACUUUGCUUCAGUUUAUCACUAGUACCAAAACCACAAGGAGAACCAUAAGGAAAAUC